AUGGCAGACGAGAACGAAGAUGAGGGAGAGGACUCGAAUGAAGAACUUCAUAUAAAAGAUUUACCAACAAAGUCUUUGGUACAAAGUUCAAUUGUAUCAGAAACUUUUGAAUCCAUUUCCGUAUCAGCAACAUUGUCACCGCCCACUAACUUUGGAACUUCAUUAGAUGCUAUUUUUUUGGAUACUACUACACAAAAUCCUUUGUGUUUAUUUGGCAGUACCCAAAGGGUGGACAAUAAUUCUAUUGGAGUUCAAAUUGUUAAUGCUACAAAUCGUAUCUUUCGGGAAACUUUCGAUUCGCGCAAGAAUAAAUCUGGAAAAUUUGACACAAAUCAGCUGUUUGCUACUAAUAUUCGUUUGACUAACGCAAAUAAUUUGGUAUCGUUACCCAACACAGGGCGUGUCGAGUGUUUAUAUGAAUUUUAUGCUGCCAAUAGCGAUGAACGAGUUCAAAUAAAAUUUCUUGAUUUUAAUAUACCGGCCGACAAAAAUGCUUCGGAAUGUAAACCAAACGAAUCGCUGCAAUUAUUGACACAGGUUAAAGGCAAGUACGAAGUUAUGGACUUGUAUUGUGGGCCAUUUUUGCCAAAGCCGAUUAUGUCAACUGGUCCCAAGUUGGUAUUGCAGUUUGCUGGUAAAUACCCAAACCCUCAGCAAAAAGUCGGUUAUUAUGGAUUCAAGGCCGAGUAUACUUUUCUGACAAAUUAUGGCAUUACCACUGGAACUCAAUUGGAUCAUAACUGCAGUUUUACCUUUAACAGUACUAUUAAGAAAAUGGGCUAUUUUAUAUCACCAAACUUUCCUGGUCUAUAUCCUCAAAAUAUUAACUGUCACUAUUUCUUUUAUGGUGAAUUGGACGAAAAGGUAAUCGUACGCUUUACCUACUUCGAUGUGGAGGGUGUAGGAAGUUGCGAACACAUGACAGCCAGUGAUUACGUGGAGUUUUCCAACUUCCUAAGCACCGAUCGUAAAUUUCCCAAAUAUUGUGGUAAACGUGAUAAAUUUGAAAUUCGUUCGGACGAUCGUUUCUUUCGAGUUUCAUUUUACUCCAACGAUCGUUUCGAUCGCAGUGGUUUUCGUGCCUACUAUGAGUUUGAGGGGAAAUCUACGCCUUCUGAGAAUACAUCAAUGCAAAGUUAUGUCUUUGCCGCCCAAGCUUCAAAUAACAAGCAAUCAAUUAACAGCUACGCUGCUCUCUUCAUAUUAUUUCGAAUAGUUUUUGUGUAAAUAAUAGUUUUCAGUUUUUAAUAGAAGUUGUUGUAGAAAAUAAAUGUAA